GUUGUAGCAGCUGCCAUGUUUAGCUGCUUUGUUGUAGAUUCCUUGUAGGUUUUUCUGCAGAUUUUAAGUGUUGCAAUGGAACCGAGCUGGAGUACAUUUUUAUUCCAGUCUUCUGUAGGUCCCAUGGUUCCAGGAAAUCCACGUAGGGACUACUACACAGGGAUCAGACAGGCCAAUGAAGCCCUGCAUCACCAGCACCAGGUGGCCCAGAACAGCUUGCUGCCGCUCCUCCAGUCAGGAGGCCCAGAACCUGUGGACCAGAAGCCUGUGAUGCCCAUCCCCUUGGACCAGAAGCCUCCAGUCAGUGCCGCUGAGCUCCUCAAGGACAAUGUGGCCAGCGGGACAGGAGGAGGAGGAGGGGGAGGUGGCGGCGGCGGAGGAGGUCCUGUUGCGGUGGUGAAGAAAGAGCCCAAGUCCAAAACGCCCUUCAUCUGCGGCUACUGCAACAAGGCCUUCCGGGACAGCUACCACCUCAGGCGGCACGAGUCCUGCCACACGGGUGUCAAGAUGGUGUCGCGUCCCAAGAAGAUGCAGACGGCGCCCACCAUGGUGCCCAUGAUCUCCACGGUGCCGCAGCGGGAGAACAGCGGGGGCCAGCCCUCGUACAUCUCCACCAUCGCCGGCAUCCUCACCACCGCCACCACCUCGGCCUCCACAGGCUCGAGCAUCAUGUCUCCCACCAUGGUGCCCCCGCACCACCAGCAGCAGCACCACCAGCAGCAGCAGCACCAGCAGCAGCAGAGCCAGCCCAAGAAGCCCGCCAAGCCUGUGAAGAAGAACCACGGCUGCGAGAUGUGCGGCAAGGCCUUCCGCGACGUCUACCACCUGAACCGUCACAAGCUGUCCCACUCGGACGAGAAGCCCUUUGAGUGCCCCAUCUGCCAGCAGCGCUUCAAGAGGAAGGACCGCAUGACCUACCACGUGCGCUCGCACGACGGCGGCGUCCACAAGCCUUACAUCUGCUCAGUGUGCGGGAAGGGCUUCUCCAGGCCUGACCAUCUAAGCUGUCACGUGAAGCAUGUUCAUUCCUCCGAGAGGCCCUUCAAAUGCCAAGUAACGGCCUGCACCUCUGCUUUCGCCACCAAAGACCGCCUGCGCUCCCACAUGAUUCGACACGAGGGCAAGGUGACCUGCAACAUCUGCGGCAAGAUGCUGAGCGCUGCCUACAUCACCAGCCACCUGAAGACCCAUGGCCAGGCCAGCUUCACCAAUCCCUGUAACAAAGGGCUAAGUGACUGGCAGUGGAACCACCACUCAGGGCUACGAAAAGGUGAGUUGACGGUAGGAGAGAUCUUAAAUAACUCGUUCCAAGUCCUUAUUGACAUCUCUCGUUUUCAAGACUCCAACAAUGUGCACAACUCCGGCUCGGCGACGCCCGUCACCAACUCUGCCGCCAUCACCUCGGCGAUGAACCGCGGCAACGCUAGCAACCCGGUAACCAUCGCUGCGCAGAUGAACAUCACCACCAGCACGGUGAACAUCACCUCUCCCAUCAACCUGCAGCACCCGGUGACCAUCACGGGGCCUGUCAACCUGGCCUCGGGGCCCAUGAAUAUAGCCCACCCCGUGGCCAUCACCUCCGGGAUGCCAAUGAAUAUAACCGGGCCGCUCAAUAUCGCCAUGAGACCCAUGGAUAGCAUGCCUUUUCUCUCCCAGGUCCUCCCUUCCUCCCCUCCUUGGUAGGAAUCUCUCCCCCGGCCCCUGGUUAGCGUCCCUUUAUCAACCCCUCCCACCACUCUCCUUUUACCCCCCUAACCUCCUCCUCCCUUACGAUAGCGGACGCUCCUCCUCUCUGGGAGUACUAUAAAUUAUCUUGUGUUAGAGCAGAGGUGUAGUAUGGGGGCUAGUUGGACGCUGGAUCCCUCGUUCUGUCACUGGCUGCAGCAGGAGCAGCGGUCAACGCAAUAGGACGAGAGGUGGACUGGCCAGCCCCUGUAGAUGUAAUCCGGUGCGUUUCCUUUCCUUUUUAACCGCCGAAAGAAGGACAGUCUUGUGAAGUCUCGGAAGGAGCGGGGCUGUUGGAAGAGGCCUGGUGGAAACGGAUGAGCUCUGCCUCGUCUCAGAAUCUACCUGCGUCAGAAUCUACCUGCACAUUUGGCAUUGGAAUGAAACUGUGACAGAUGACGCUGGUAUUGAUGUUUUUAAAAUGCUCUCUUACAGAGCAGAUGGUUUUUAUAUAUAUUUUUUUGUUUCGUUAUUAUAGCCUGCUAAUCAGUAUUUAAUAGUUGUAUGCAUUGUAAGGAGUUAAGUACAACAAAAGGGACAAAGGCUGCCGUUUUUCGCAGGAGGGUGAUAUUUCGGUUAAAAGGCUCCCCUCUUGUCUUAGGCUAAUGCCUGUGACUACAUAAGGUGAGCCCCUUGAGGUCCUUUCCUUUUUUUUUUUUUUUAUGUACAUCUCUGAAAACGGUCACUCCUCACUGCUGGAUACUGUAAAGCUGUACAUGGUCGACGUUAGCUUUUGGAAUAUUUUUACGGUGUGUUUUAGAUGACUUUAUAAAGUAGUCGGCAGACGUAAAUCAGGACCACCAAGAGGAAAUGUCCCACUGAAAGCAUUUCCCUGAGUUCAUGUCCUGAAAACGGCAGUAUUAUCAAAGAUCAAAAUGGGUUGGCUGAGAGCCCUGUUAAUGUACCAGAGCCACCUAGUGGCGCACUAGACACUAUGCUGAAAAAGCGGUCCCAAAGUUCACCUUUUUUAUUUUGUAUUGUGAGAAUAGUUAUGUUGGGAGAGGUUUUAGUUUUGCUAUAGACCCAUUUUAUCUCCCCCUCUCCCUUUUUUACUGUAAGUUUAGGAUCCUAUAUUAUAAGUACCAACUUCCACUCAGGAACCUUACUGAGAGUAGCCCAGUCUUUUGAUGAGAAUAAAAGGAUAAAAUCAAGUAAUCAUGUAACUUCUUGACCUUUCACCCUUUCUUUGUAAAUAUUAAAACACUAUUUUAUUAUUUGUCUUUGCCUGUCAGGAAAAAGAAGAAAAAAAACACAUAUCUUUCAGCACAGGUAAAGGCUGCAAUUACUUUAUCAUUGUCAAUAUGGCCGUCCAUUGGACUAUGUUGAUGUAGUUUACUUUCCAAGUUAGUUUCGGGUUUUUAAUCUCCCUAGGUCCUUACUUUAUCGUAGAACCAAAACUGCCACCUGGUGCCCUGAAAAAUCAUGGAAGCAGAGAUGAACGCCUGCAUCCUCUUUAGUUCAAGAAGUAUCGAAGGUCAUGGGUCACAAGGCUGCUUCCAUCCAGUGCCCACUGGCCCAGCCUAAGCCUUCUUUCAGUACACAAGCCAGUCAACUGACGGGAACUUGUUUUUGAAGCACUUGUAGCCGACAUGCCACAGGGGUGACACGUCAAGUCCUAGGGGUGUAGUGAGAAGACAUGGAACUGGUGGACGUUCUUCAGAGACCUUUCCCCUUUCAGGUGGCCUCACCUUCCUUGUGUUUCGGUCUUGGUAGCAGCAAGGCAUUUUGAGGCCUCUGAUAGUAUUGCAUGCAUGUGUACGGUGCCCGAAGGGAGUCCCUUGAGUCUGGAAUGGCAUUGUGAUCUUGUUGGCACUGGAUUCCCCUUCCAUCGAUCUCUCAUCGAUGUUGCAUGUGGAUGUCUGAGCUCGUUCAAGUUUGGGGUGAGUUUUAAAAAUAAAAAUUUAAAAAAGGAAAAAAAAUGUCAUUAGAAGGCUAGUGACUUGACUUUUUUUUUUACUGAAAGAAAACACUACAAAAACAAAUUGGUUUGGAGUAUGCGCGUGGUGUCAUUUGUACUUCCGCAGUGGCCGUAACUAGUGUGCCUGAACUGCUUUGCAACAAGACUAUUUCACACCUCGAUGCUUCCUCUUCCAGUGUGAUGUGUGAUGGACGUAAAGGAAUCCUUCACUGUUCAAAUGGCUAGAAGCCAGACCGCCCCUCAACCAAAUUUAAGUGAUUAGAUAUAUUUUUUUUGGUCAAAAUUGAAUUGGGUAUUUUUUUGUACCAGACAUUCUAAACGUAUCAAUUAUAACAUAUUUGAAUACAGGAAUCUAUCAUUGUUUUUUUGAAAGAGCCAUUACUAUUAUGCACCAAUUUAUUUUUAUCCAAAUACUUUUAAUUUGUUGCAAUGACACAACAUGUAAAAAAAAAAAAAUGAAUGCAAUGUUGCUUUUGGGCUGAACUUUGAUUUGGAAGAGAAAAGUUAGUCAGCUCUUGUUUUUCUCUAUGAAUUGGCAAAUAUUUGAGCCCUUUGAUGGCUGAUGAAUGUAUAUCUUUGUACAAAACCAUUUAGUUCAGAGAACGUGUUAGUUAUGAUAGACACAUGCAAGAAAAAAAAAAAACAAGAUAACCUUUUAUAAAUCUUUUUGUAUUAGAACAUUAACAUUGGUAAUUUUGUAUAUACGAAAACUAGACUUUCUGGUUAGCAGAAAGGUAAAACAUUCCUACAUUUUUUUUUAAAUGUAUGUCUGUCAAGAAUAAUUAUGUAAACAUAUGCGCAAUGUUUUAUGUGCCUUUUAUUUGGUUUUCUGAAUAAAAGCAAACUAUAAAACAUGAUUGUGGACUGUCCCUACUGAGUCUCAGUGUAGGGAGGUCAGAUGUAUCAGUGGCUCACUCAACACUUCCUAAAAGGUCCCUCACUCUGUCUCCUCUUUUUCCGCCUCCCUCCUACCCUUUAGGUGACCACACUGCCUGGCUCACAGUCGGCAUGCUAUUGGAGGAUGGUGUAAUAAGUGCCUCUGUGACUGUUUGCAUAUUGAGAGGAUUUGGGGUGUAUUGUGCCAAACCAUGCUCUGUGUUACAACAAUUGUGUGGGUGUUUUUUUUCUUCUUUUCUCAUUUUAUUUUUAUCAAUUAAACUUGAAACUUGGA